AUGAACAAAUUAAUUACCCUCUUUGCGGUUGUCUUUUUGGCAGCUGUCACUUUUGCUGGUCGUAUUGAACUUAGAGGACCAAACAAAUCCUCUCCAUUGACCAAAUUGAACAAGUAUAACAUUGCUCAAGAUUCUGUUUCCGUUAGUGGUGUUUCUGCUGGUGGUUUCUUUGCUGUUCAAUUCCAAGUUGCCUACAGUAAAUCAUUGGUUGGUGCUGGUAUCUUUGCUGCUGGUCCAUAUUACUGUGCUCAAGGAAGUUUGAUGACUGCUGAAGAACAAUGUAUGGCUGGAUUUGCUAAUGUUGAUUUGAAUACUAUUCAAUCUACUAUUACUCAAUAUCAAUCACAAGGUUUGAUUGAUAGCACUUCUAACUUGGCUCGUCACAAGGUAUUCCUCUACUCUGGAACCUUUGAUUACACUGUUAAACAAUCAGUUGUUCAACAAUUGGCUACUCAAUAUCAACAAUUGGGUAUUCCACAAAAGAAUAUUGUUACUAAUUUCACUGUUGCUUCUGGUCACGCCUGGAUCACCAAUAAUUAUGGUAGUUUGUGUUAUUUGACUAUGACUCCUUAUAUUAAUAAUUGUAAUUUGGAUGGUGCCUAUCAAGUUUUGAACACAAUUUACGGAUAUAUCAAACCAAAGAAGGAAGCUAUUGCUGCUAACUUGAUUACUUUCGAACAAACUGGUAACUUCUCUGCCAAUUACAUGACUGGUAAUGGCUAUGUCUAUGUUCCUUCAUCAUGUCAAAGAGGUGUCUCUUGCCGUUUGCAUGUUGUUUUCCAUGGUUGUGAACAAGGAGCUUCUAUUCUCGGAACUACCUUUGUUGAAAAUAUUGGAAUGAAUGAAUAUGCUGAAAGUAACAAUAUCAUUAUGGUUUAUCCACAAGUCACUACUGGACUCCUUAACGAAGCUGGUUGUUUCGAUUGGAUUAACUUCUCUUACACUGAUAGUAAUUAUGCCAAUAAGCAAGGUGGACAAAUGAAGGCUGUUGCCAAUAUUUUGGCUGCUCUCGGUGCUAAGGUUUACUAAAUUAUUUCAAAUUCAUGAAAUGAAAAAUAAACUAAUCCUAUAUUGUGGA